UUGUUAUCUCGCAACAAGGACACGCUCCAUUCAGACUUCUUCAGUUCAAAAUACAAACACCGGUGAUUAGGAACGAUUACAUACAUUCGCGACACAACAGUGUAUAAAUGGUAGCCCAACCGGCUGCAUGUGAAAUGAUUCAACCAUCGUAACCUGUUGCUACCUAGCUGUUUCGUAUGAUACUUCGCGAAAAUGAGUUUCCUCGGCAGUGUGAUACUUUUACUAAUAACUUUUUUAUUUUACAUAUACUGGCGGUUCAAAAAAUCCCACCAAUUUUUCGAUAAAAAUGGCAUACCGUAUUUGAAGCCUACAAUUAUCUUCGGUAACAUAGGCGAUACUUUUCUAAAAAAGAAACCCAUGCCAGUGUUGCAUUUAGAACUGUAUAGGAAACUGGAACCUCACAAAUUCGGCGGAUUCUUUAAUUUUCAUACACCUUUUGUGAUGAUUCGAGAUCCGGAGCUGAUCAAGCAUAUUUUGAUUAAAGACUUCGCUCAUUUUCACGAUCGAGGCAUCAACAUAAACACAGAAGUGGAUCGCCUUGGUAAUCAUUUGUUGGCCAUGGCAGGCGAAGAAUGGAAAAAUCUCAGAGUCAAAUUGACCAGCACUUUCACCAGUGGAAAAAUGAAGAUGAUGUUCCCUCUGGUUAAAAAUUGCGGUGAUAAGCUGGCUCAAGUAUUGGAAACCAUGAUUCGUGAGCCAAUAGAUGUCAAGGAUCUUUGUGCCAGAUUCACGACCGAUGUCAUCGGCUCGUGUGCUUUUGGAAUAGAAACGCAUUCGCUCGAUGAUCCGAAUUCAGAGUUUAGGAAAAUGGGAAAUCGUAUAUUUGAGUUCAGAUACAAAGCUUUACUACUGAGCGCCUAUCCAGAUAUGCCUCGUAAACUCAUGAAGUGGUUCGACUUGAGAUUCGUUGACAAAGAAGUCGAAGACUUCCUCAUGUCCAUUGUCGAAAGCACCGUUCAAUAUCGAGAAGAAAACAAAGUCUCAAGACACGACUUCAUCGAUUUAUUGCUAUCACUGAAAAACGAAACGAUGGCUAAAUACCAAGACCAUGGCGAAAAAGAAGAUCUAGAUCACUUCUUGUCACAAGUUGGAAGCAAUCAAUCGAAAAGUAAAAUAGAAAUGACCAUCGAUCUGAUGGCAGCCCAAUGCUUCAUAUUCUUCGGAGCUGGUUUCGAAACGUCCUCUACCAAUCUAGGGUUCCUUAUGCUGGAAUUAGCACAACGUCCAGAUAUCCAGAAAAAACUACGAGAUGAAAUUAACUCUGUGAUAGAUAAUAAUCCGGAAGGAUUCACUUAUGAACUUCUUACAGAGAUGCCUUACGUUGACAUGGUUAUUUCUGAGGGAUUACGUAAAUACCCAGCAACCGGGUUCGCUUUACGACAAUGUACCAUUGAUUACAAACUACCAAACACAAACAUCGUGAUCCCUAAAAAGACACCGGUCACUAUUCCUAUUUUCGGUCUUCACAGAGAUCCUAAAUAUUACGAAAGACCAGAAGACUUCUAUCCCGAACAUUUCACCAAGGAGGCUAUAGCUGAAAGACCUCACUAUACGUAUAUGCCAUUCGGAGAAGGUCCUAGAGCUUGCAUAGGUGAACGAUUUGCUAAAAUGCAAGUGAAAAUUGGACUCAUCAGCAUGCUGAGGAAUUUUUCAUUCGAGCUAUCUUCUCAGACAACCCUUCCUGUUGAGUUUCAACGUCAUUUCAUUUUACUCAAAGCCAAAGGGGGUAUUUGGUUGCAGUGCAAGAAAUUAUUUGUUCGCCGUAGUUUACUUCGCGAUAUGAGUUUCUUCGGUAGUGUAAUACUCGUACUGAUAGCUUUCCUAUACUACUUGUACUGGAGAUUUAAAAAAUCUCACCAAUUUUUCGAUAAAAAUGGCAUACCGUACUCGAAGCCUACGAUUCUAUUCGGUAACAUAGGAGACACAAUUUUUAAAAAGAAACCGAUGCCAGUUUUGCAUUUAGAGCUGUAUAGACAACUGGAGCCACAUAAAUUCGGCGGAUAUUUCAAUUUUCAAUCGCCUUUUGUGAUGAUUCGAGAUCCGGAGCUUAUCAAGCAUGUAAUGAUCAAAGAUUUCGUGCAUUUCCACGAUCGAGGAUUCAAAAUAAACACCGAUGUGGAUCGUCUUGGUAACCAUUUGUUGGCAAUGGAAGGCGAAGACUGGAAAAACCUCAGAGUCAAGCUAACCAGCGCUUUCACCAGCGGAAAAAUGAAAAUGAUGUUCCCUUUGGUCAAACAAUGCGGCGAUAAACUAGCGCAAGUAUUAGAAUCCGUAAUCGAAGAGUCAAUAGACGUGAAAGAUCUUUGUGCCAGAUUCACAACCGACGUCAUUGGCUCAUGUGCUUUUGGAAUAGAAACUCAUUCGCUCGAUGAUCCCAAUUCGGAGUUUAGGAAAAUGGGUAAUCGAAUAUUUGAGUUCAGAUAUCAAGCUCUAAUAUUGAGCAUUUUCUCUUCCUUGCCAACACAACUUGUCAAACUGCUCAACUUGAAAGUAAUUGACGAAGAAGUAGAAGAAUUUCUCAUAUCUACCAUCGAGAACACAGUUAAAUACCGCGAACAGAACAACGUCUCCAGGCAAGAUUUCAUCGACCUGCUGUUAUCAUUGAAAAAUGAUACGAUGGCUAAAUAUCGAGACUACAGCGAACAAGAAGAUCAAGAACAGUUCCUAUCCCAAGUUGGGAGCAAUCAAUCAAAGAAUAAAUUAGAAAUGACCAUCCAACUAAUGGCAGCUCAAUGCUUCAUAUUCUUCGGAGCUGGUUUCGAAACGUCUUCAACAGCUUUAGGAUUCCUGAUGUUAGAAUUAGCACAAAAUCAAGACAUCCAGAACAAACUGAGAGAUGAAAUAAAUACCGUGAUAAAUAAUAAUCCGGAAGGAUUCACAUACGAAGUCCUUAAAGAGAUGCCUUACGUCGACAUGGUUAUUGCUGAAGUACUCCGUAAAUACCCAGCAACUGGUUUCGCAAUCCGAGAAUGCACCAUUGAUUACAAGUUACCGAAUACAGAUAUCGUAAUCCCUAAGCAUACUAAGGUUACUGUUCCAAUUUUCGGACUCCACAGAGAUCCUAAAUACUACGAUAGACCAGAAGACUUCUAUCCCGAACAUUUCACCAAAGAAGCCAUAGCUAAAAGACCUCACUACACGUAUAUGCCAUUCGGAGAAGGUCCUAGAGCUUGUAUAGGUGAACGAUUCGCUAAAAUGCAAGUGAAAAUUGGACUCAUCAGUAUGCUGAGGAAUUUUUCAUUCGAGUUAUCUCCUCAGACAAUUCUCCCCGUCGAAUUUCAACGUCAUUUCAUCUUACUCAAGGCCAAAGGAGGCAUUUGGCUGCGAUGCAAAAAAAUUUAA